CCAUUAACUUGGAAUUUAGCAAUUUCUUAAAGUCUAUGUGGGAAGAAACUGUUAAAUAUCCAUGGUCAACAUACAAAAAUKUAGAUAUCAAAAGACAGUUCAAAUUAAUGUCAGUUCUAGGAACAGACGCUUUACCCGAAGGCAAAUUGAAAAAGUUAGAUGAAAUCGUUUCGACCAUGGAAAGUUUGUACGGCAGAGCAACCAUUCCUGAAUACGGAGACAACAAUUCAAAUCGCUCUUUGAGUUUGGAACCAGAUAUAAAUGACGUAUUGGAUAAAAGCACUGAUGUUAAUGAGCUGAAACAUGUGUGGGUACAGUGGAGAGAAGCCACGGGAAAAAAAGUUCGACCUAUGUAUGCGGAAUACGUAAGACUGUCCAACGAAGCGGCCAGAUUAAACAAUUAUACAGAUGCUGCAGAAUUUUGGAUUCGAGGAUAUGACGUCGACGACUUUCGGCCGCGAAUGGAACGUAUAUGGAAUCAGAUCAAACCUCUAUACUUACAAAUACACGCCUACGUACGCAGAAAGCUUAGGGAGUUAUACGGUGAUUCGGUGGUMACGAGAAGAGGACCUAUACCAGCACAUCUGCUCGGUGAUAUGUGGGCGCAGUCGUGGGAACGUUUGGAUGAUUUUACUCGACCCUAUCCAACCAUUGACGAUGUAAACCCCACCUCAGCCAUGAUAAAUCAGAACUACACUCCGAAAAAAAUGUUUAAAGUGGCCGAAGAGUUUUUCACAUCGUUAAACUUGAGCGCAAUGCCCCAAACUUUCUGGGAUAAAUCUAUUUUGGAGAAACCAAAUGGUCGUGAUUUGGUAUGCCAUGCAUCAGCUUGGGACUUUUAUGAUUCUAAUGACUUUAGAAUUAAACAAUGCACAUCGGUAAAUUUUAUGGAUUUUAUAACUGCCCACCACGAGAUGGGACACAUCCAAUAUUUCCUACAAUACAAAGACCAACCGUUCAUAUACCGCGAAGGAGCUAACGAAGGUUUUCAUGAAGCAAUCGGAGAUACAAUUGCUUUGUCUGUAUCCACGCCAAAGCAUUUGCAUAAGAUUGGUCUAUUGCCUAAGACGAGCCGCACGUACGAAGCUGAUAUAAAUUAUCUGUACAAAAUUGGAUUAGAUAAAAUAGUGUUUUUACCUUUCGGAUAUUUAAUGGAUCUAUGGAGGUGGAACGUGUUCAAAGGUAUAACGACGGAAGAUCAAUACAAUUGCGAUUGGUGGAAACUUAAAUAUUCUUAUCAAGGAAUCGAGCCACCUGUGACCAGAACUGAAAACGAUUUUGAUCCUGGUUCCAAGUACCACAUCGUUGGAAGCGUGCCUUACAUUAGAUACUUUGUGAGUUUCAUCGUACAGUUUCAAUUCCAUCAAGCAUUGUGCGAGAAAGCUGGUCAAUUUGAUCCGAAAAAUCCUACAAGCAAACCGUUACACGAAUGUGACAUUUAUCAAAGCACAAAUGCCGGAAACGCUUUCAAAGAAAUGCUGAAAUUAGGAUCGUCGAAACCGUGGUUUGACGCUAUGGAAUUACUAACGGGACAAAGAGAAAUGGACGCUGGACCUUUGUUGAACUAUUUCAGCCCUUUGUACGAAUGGCUUCAAAAUGAAAAUAAAAGAACUGGCGAACAUCUAGGCUGGGAAACAAAUAAAAAAAUUUGCUUAAAGAAGGGUGAAACAAGUCAACCUUAAUUUUGAUUUAUUAUAAUUAGGUACUCUUUUUAUUAGUGAUUGACAGUAUUAUAAUCAUAUAACUAUUAUAGUAAUAAUUAUUCGUUCAUGAAUUAUUCGAUAUGUUAGUUAUACUAGAUUUUUAUGUUUCAGUACCUACA